AUAACAAAACAAGAGAAAACCUAAAAACAAAGAAAACAAUUUGAUCAUCAGUCGCUCUGAACAACUAAGAAAUGGAGAACAAAGAGAAAAAAGAUCUGAAAAGCAGAGACGAGGUUCUCAACAAGAUAAUGGAUUUAGUGGGAAAAGACGGUGUCCCUUCAACAACUGUCCUCGUUGGUGAAGCUGGCAUAGGGAAGACGUGGCUUGCAAAAGAAGUCAGCAAACGUGUGACGCAAGAAGCCUCUUCACCUUACAAUGUCCUCUGGUUACAUCUGAACAAGAAGAUUGGAGACGAGAAGACACUUUACGAGAAUCUAGCUGCUCAGUUAUCCUUGUUUUUCGAGUACGAGGAAGGCGCAAAUCAAAACGAGGUUGAUGCUUCACCAGAAACCUUGAAGAAGAAGAUAUCAAACGAGAUCAUCAAAACCGAGAAGAAGAAUCUUCUGCUGGUUCUGGAUGAUGAAGGAAAAAUGACAACUGAGGAACAUGUAAUGAAAGAGCUAAAGCUCCAAAACUUUCUGGAGGAUGUUCUGAAAGACAAAACUCUAAAGAUUCUAGUCACGAGAAGAGGUGAGAUAAAAAAGGAAGAGUCAGCCACAACGAUCAAAGUCGAACCGCUUACAGAAAACGAGUCACGGGAACUACUCAGUGAUUCUCGGGUCUUACUUGAUUCCUACACCGUUGAAGACUGGCCUGUUCUGCUGAAGAGCCUCUUCGAAAAAGGAGAGAUCAACGAACCUACUCUGAUGUCUUGUAUCGCAAGGAAGAGCCAGGGCUUACCCGCUGCACUUGUUGUCUUAACCAAGUCUUUAAACAGCAUCAAGACUCUAUCUCCAAAACAGAGGAAGAUCUUCAAAGAACUGAUCUUAUCCCCCAAGUCACUAGACGCAGCUGCUGCUUCCAAGAAUGCAGUAGAACGCAGCCGCUACAAUCCCGUCUUGCGCUUAAGCUACGAGCUGUUAAAGCCCGAGGAAAAGAUCGUAAAAAGACCGGUCACCGCUUGCUUUUGGCAUGUCCUGGACUUCUACGAGUACUCCGGAUGCGCCUACUACCGAGACCUAAUCGUGCACUGGAUGCUCGAAGGAUACUUUGAUCCGGUCAAGUCGGUUGAGAAAGCUUACCAGGAAGGACACAGCAUCUUGAUGGAGUUUAUGAGCAGAGGAAUCUUGAAGAUACAAGAAGACAACACGGUGGUUCCAGAGGUGUCUAUGAGGGAUCUUCUAGAUCUCGACGACUGUGGCUUCUUCGGAAGAUCUUGUCUCGGUUUCAACAGAGUUUACGGUGGAGACAAGGCAAAAGGACUUGGGAGAACCAUCGUAAUCGACGACAUGAUCAGGACCAUCCAAUCUAAGGAGGAGAAGAUCACAACGCUUAUCGUCAGCGGGAACCGUCUACGCAGAGAGGUUCCAAACAAGUUCUUCGAAAGAAAAGAGAUGCAAGAUCUCGAAGUCGUUGUCCUAUUCGACCCGACUUUCCAAGAUCUUGUUAAGUCUCUAUCUAAACUAAAUAAACUCCGAGUACUGGUGAUCAGAGACUGCGACCUGAUCAAGAACAUAGACGAGCUCAAGGAUCUUGAAAACCUACAGGUUCUUGAGGUCUCUGGUGCAAGUUAUCUAGAUAACAUAGCUGAUGAUCUCUUCAAGAAAAUCAACAAGCUUCAAAGCCUUAACCUCUCAGAGCUUUCGAUCAGGUCCUCCCCAUCCACGAUCGAAAACCUAAGCAUGCUACGUUGCUUCAUACUAAGAGACUGCCCUUAUCUACAAGAUCUUCCCAACUUCAACGUUGACACGAAAAAGCUAGAAGUCAUCGACAUCCGCGGAGCUAGAGACCUCAAGUCUUACUUCGACAGAGUUAAAGACUGGAAAGACUACAAAGGCAAGAACAAGAACUUCGCUCACCUCCGGAAGCUCGAACACUUGGACUUCUCGGGGACUCAGAUCAUCCGCCUACCGAUCUUUCAUCUCAAAGACUCUUCCAACGAUUUCAGCACCAUGCCUGCACUGACACGCCUCUUGGUGCAAAACUGCACGGAGCUCAAGAGGCUCCCGCAGCUCAAGCCCUUGACUAAACUCCAGGUUCUCGACGUCUCUGGUUCUAAGAAGCUGGUGGAGAUGCUCGAAGUGUGUUUGGAGGACAAGGAAGAGCUUAGAAUCCUCGACAUCUCGGAGACAGCUCUCCCUGAGUUAGCAGACACGAUCAACGACGACGUCCAUCUCAACCAGCUUCUCGUAAGGAACUGCCCCGCGAUGAAAGAGCUUCCGAGCAUCGAGAAGCUGACGCACCUCGAGGUUUUGGAUGUUUCCGGGUGCAACAAGCUGGCGAAGAUCGACGGGACCUUUGAGAAUAUGUCUUACCUCCACAAAGUGAAUCUUUCGGGUACGGAUCUAAGCGAGCUACCUAAAGGAAUGUCGGAGCUAGCUAACGUCAGAGAGCUCGUCGUAAGAAACUGCGGCAAGCUAGAGGCCCUUCCAGAUCUCGAGAAGAUGAUACAUCUCGAGAUCCUGGAUGUUUCGGGCUGCGGCGAGCUGAAGAAAAUCGAAGGAUCGUUCGAGAACAUGUCUCACCUCUGCGAGGUGAACCUCUCUGGGACUAAGCUGGAAACAUGUCCCGAGUUGCCGAAACAGAGCAUCCUCUGUUCUUCUUCGAAACGCAUCGUUCUCGCGAAUUCGAGGUUUUUAAAGGACGAAGAGUGGGAGAAGAUAAAGGAGAAACUGAGAAAGGAUCCCAAGGGCUCUAGCUUCCCUAGUCUAGACGACAAAGCGGGAGAUGAGAAAGAGAAGCUUGUUCGUCACGGAGAUAGAUACAGAGUUCUCGACCCUGAAGUUCCUUCGGGUGUCCAGAUCGUUGACACUAACAGACCAGUGGGUGAUGAUAUGUCCAAAGCAGAGUAUGUCUCUGUUUCUGAUAAUGAAUCCCAAAACGUAUCUUCAAUCCUCGACGAGUUUGGAAUGAAAUCUGUAAAGGGUUGUUGGGUAGAGAGGUGCAAGAACAUGGAGAAUCUCUUCGAGUCAUCACCGUCAUCACUGGAGAUUCUCUGGAUCUCGAAUCUUCCAUUGCUCAAAACAUUAGACAGUGGAGGUAGUAGUAAUGGAGGAUUCAAGAACCUUAGGAAGCUAAGUAUAGACUGUUGUCGAAACAUCGAGACGCUCUUUACUGGAGCCUCUCAAGUUCCUGUAAACCUUGAGGUUCUACGUGUGAAGUUUUGUGAUAAGCUGAAGAAAAUGUUCGAUGUAGAAGAAGCAGUAGAGCUACCGAAGCUUUGGAAGCUGUACCUUCUUGAUUUGCCUGUUUUGACAUCGGAUGGAGUUAAGUUUCCGAGUCUGAGUCAGGAGAAGUACACAAAGGAGAAGUGUCCGAGAUUUACAGCUACCUUUGUGGAACUGAAGAUGGGAACGAAGAUAACAGAAGAAGCUUCAUCUUCAAAGGACCAGCCUCACGAGGACAUUGCGCCUGAAAUUCAAACUCCUACUGAGUCCGCAAAAACAACAGGCUCAGUUCAGCAACAAGACGAAUGCCUCCCUUGUCUGAAUUAAAGGUUCUCACUAUAAAUGAAUGAUUGAAUAAUUUUCAAAGUCUCCAACUUUGAUAUAGCUUGUCAUAGAGAAACUUUAUAAACUGUUUGUUUUCUUGUGUUGUUAUGUAAUAUACAAAUAAGAAACGAAUAAAAAUGUUAUUUCUGGUGUA